UUAGCUGACUUAACUGUGCAAGGAAAAUAAAAAAGAAAAAAGAAAAAGGAAGAAAGAAGAUGAGAGGAGUUUAAUGGCCCAAUUUCAGAAAUCAUUUUGACCGGAGAGGAGACACUCUCUCUUUUUCUUCCUCUCUUUCUUUCUCUCUUACCAAUCCUACGUUCUUCCUCCUAUUUUAUUUACCUUUUUCCUUUUCCUUCUUCUUACACUCCAAACCUGUUUGGUUGAUGGGUAUGUAGAUAUGGCCGUGGACCUCAUCUCCCACCCCUACCCUCCUCCCUCCACCACCCACAAUAUGGAACCCAACGCCGUCCAAGAGGCUGCCUCAGGCCUUCAAAGCGUCGAGAAACUCAUCCGAUUGCUCUCCAAUGCCCAACAUCACUCCUUACCCACCUCUACUCAAUCCCCCAAUUCCACUUCCAAUUCUCCCACCGAUUUCCCCACCGACUGCCGCGCCGCCGCCGAUGCCGCCGUCUCCAAGUUCAAAAAGGUUAUUUCUCUCCUUGGCCGGAGCCGCCUCGGCCACGCUCGCUUCAGAAGAGCUCCUCUCCCUCUUCCUCAACCCCAAGUCCUCUACGCCACUCCCAUCCAGCAGAUCCCACCCCAUCGCGAUCUCCCCGCCGGCGACCUCGACAACAACGACUCUCUCACUACUACUCUCAAUUUCUCUUAUUCCUCCGCCCAUAACUCCUUCAUCUCCUCCUUGACCGGCGACUGUGAUACCAAGCAGCCUUCCUCCUCCUCGCCUUUUCAGAUUAUCAACCUCUCCCAAGUCUCCUCCGCCGGGAAACCCCCCCUCUCUACUUCUUCCCUUAAGAGAAAGUGUAGCUCCGACAACUUGGGAUCCGGCAAGUGCGGCGCUGCUUCUUCCUCCGGCCGAUGCCACUGUUCCAAGAAGAGAAAACUGAGAGUGAAGAGGGUGAUGAGGGUUCCGGCGAUAAGCUUGAAAAUGGCGGAUAUCCCACCGGACGACUAUUCAUGGAGGAAAUAUGGUCAAAAGCCCAUUAAAGGCUCUCCACAUCCCAGGGGUUAUUACAAGUGUAGCAGCGUGAGAGGUUGCCCAGCCCGGAAACACGUAGAACGUGCCGGAGACGAUCCGGCGAUGCUAGUGGUGACCUACGAAGGAGAACACAAUCACACUCUCUCUCUGCCCCAACCCUCCACUCUCAUCCUCGAGUCCUCUUAAACCAUCGUCAUCGUCGCCUUCAUCUCAAUCUCUAAUGAGAUCUGAGGGUCAGUUUUUCUCCACGUCAUUUAUCAUAUAUAUAAAUAUAUAUUAAUGGGCUCAAUUAUCUCUCUUUUCUUGGACAAUGUGAAUUAGUCUAUUAUUAUUAUUAUUAUUAUUAUUAAAAAAUUUAAAAAAAAAAAGAAAAAAGAAAAAAAGAAAAAAAAGAAGAAAGGAAGGUAAAGAUUGUGGAUUUGGUAUUAGUUGGAGUGGGAUGCCUUUUUUUCCUUUUCCUUUUUCUGGAUUUGGAUUUUUUUUUGUUAUUCUCUUUGCCCAUUCCAUUUCUUAAGCAUUUUUAAUUUCUUAAUUUUGAUGCCAACUUCCUGCUCUAUCCGCUUACAAAAAUACCCAUAAUGUUCAUCAACUUGGAUGGAUAUAAAUACUAAAACAAAUUGAAUUUAAUGUCUUCAUUUAUACACAUCAGUUGUCCCGUCAAAUUACAUUUUAUUUUUACAACAAACAAGGAAGAAAAAGGAAUUUGAAUUGGAAGAGGGCGGAGGAAGGGAGGCAAAAGUCAAAAUGGUUGGGUGAGGGAAUUGAUAAAAGUAUUGGUAGUGCCCAAUGUGGGGCCCCCAUUAGAUGCCUUUGUUUCUUUCAGCCUUGCCUUUGUCUCAACGUCAACUUUUCUCUGAAUUUUGGUCUCCUCCACAGACGCCCCAUUAAAUCAAAUUUCUAUACCUUCAUUUCAAAUCAACACUUAUUCAUAAUUGUAUCCGAUACAUUAUUUGUUUGCGUACUUGCAACGUUUGCUAAUAUGUAAAAACCAAAUGAUUUCAUGAAAACUUAGGAAGAUUUGAAUGUAAAUGAUAAUGGGGGGGUGGACUCUUUUAUCUUUUCUUUUUCUUUGAGGAUUCUAAGCUAUUCAAUUAUUUUAAGUAAAUUAAGUCAAAUGAUUCUCAUUUUGGUCCAGCCCCUUUUCCUGUUUCAUGAU